UCAGGAGCAGCAGCCAGCUGUGGACCGAGGAGCGAGAGCAGGCUCCGCACACGACUGUCGCAUCCUCCCGAAACCCCAGCACAGUCUUUGUCUGCAUCUUCUCAGCCCUACAAGGUGUCAUUUCACCCUUCCCACGCCGAGGGAGCAUCCCCGGGUCUGGAUCGUGUGUUUACAUCCUUUCAUCACGGAGGAAGUUAUCUGGAAGACUUGCUGGAGAAGCUCCGCCGCUGCGCGUAAAAGGGGAUUUUAAGAUGUUGGCGGUGCUCGGCACGGAUGGAUCCGACUCCAAAUGUGUAUUUAACAUCUGAACUGUUUCCUUUGAAAGUUUGAUCUCACUUGUCGGUCUCCCAGCGGCGUCCCGAGCGAUGGGGAUGCUUUGACGGUGCGUAAUCGCCGUUUCCCCCCGGCAGGAGUCACACAGGUGGGUUAUACCUAAGCUGAUGACAGCGGAGCCUCGGGCGGUGUAACUGCAGCUUUUCUGGGGUGAUGCGCUCGGAUCCCGCCAUGGAUGGUGUUGGAGGACCAAGGCUGUGCAGGUGGACCAAGUCUUCCAGGAGAAACGAGCAGCGCGUUUGGAGAGCGUACCUGGGAGCGCUGAUCGUGCUCCAUCUGGCGCUGCAGGUGGACGCGUCCGCGGCGCCCAGAGCCUGCGAGAAGAGCUGCUUCUCUGGGAAAUGCAUGAACGGGACGUGCGUGUGUGACCACGGAUGGGUCGGGGAUCAGUGCCAGCACUGCCAGGGAAGAUUUAAGUUAACGGAUCUGUCCGGUUCGCUCACAGACGGCCCGGUCAACUACAAGUACAAGACCAAAUGCACUUGGCUGAUAGAGGGAUAUCCCAACGCGGCGCUCCGCCUGCGCUUCAAUCACUUUGCCACGGAGUGCAGCUGGGACCACAUGUACGUCUACGACGGGGACUCCAUCUACGCCCCCUUGAUCGCCGUCUUCAGCGGCCUGGUGGUACCGGAGACCCGGGGCGGCGAGACGGUGCCGGAGGUGGUGACGACGUCCGGCUACGCUCUGCUUCACUUCUUCAGCGACGCGGCCUACAACCUGACCGGCUUCAACAUCGCCUACUCGAUCAACUCCUGUCCUAACAACUGCUCGGGCCACGGCCGGUGCAGCACGGCCAACUCGGUGGCGGGACGCAUGUACUGCGAGUGCGAGGAGUACUGGAAGGGAGAGGCCUGCGACAUCCCGUACUGCAAAGACAACUGCGGCAGCCCGGACCACGGCUACUGCGACCUGACCGGAGAAAAGCUGUGCGUCUGCAACGACAGCUGGCAAGGUCCAGACUGCACCCUCCCCGUCCCCUCCACCGAGGCCUUCUGGGUGCUGCCCGGCAUCAAACCGUCAGCCCAGUCUCUGGGCCGGGCGUCCCACCGGGCCCUGGUGCAUUCUGGACUCAUGUGGGUGGUGGGAGGCUACUCCUUCAACUACUCCAACUACCACAUGGUUGUGAACUACAACCUGGACUCCAGCACCUGGGACGUGGUGCCGGUCUCCAGCGGCCCCCUCUGCAGAUACGGACACUCGCUGGCUCUCCAUCAGGACGACCUCUACAUGUUUGGCGGGAAGCUAGAAGGAGGUCCUGCCAACAUAACGGAUGAGAUGUGGGUGUUCAACAUUCCCAGGCGAACCUGGUCGCCACGGAAACCCGUCCUGCCGCCUCCCUACGCCCUGGAAGGCCACACGGCCCACGUGGUGGAGCUGGCCGACGGCGAGCCGGUGAUGCUGACCUUCUUCGGCUACUCGCCGGUCUACAGCUACAUCAACAAAGUUCUCGAGUACAACAUCAGGUUGAGCUCGUGGCAGGUGGUGUCGACCGGCGGCGCGGUGGUCCAGGGAGGUUACGGCCACAGCAGCGUCCUGGACGACGCCAGCGGCUGCGUGUUCGUCCACGGGGGGUACAAGGCUCUCAGCAACAACAAGUACGGCCUGGUGGACCACUUGUACCGCUACCACGUCGGCAUGAGGACAUGGCUGAUACUCAAGGAGAGUGGUCUGGCACGCUACCUCCACUCAGCGGUGCUGUUGAGUGGCACCAUGCUGGUUUUCGGAGGAAACACUCACAACGACACGUCUCUCAGCAACGGUGCCAAGUGUUUUUCUGCAGACUUCCUGGCGUACGACACAGCUUGUGACGAGUGGACGUCCCUUCCCCGGCCGCGGCUUCACCGGGACGCCAACCGCUUCGGACACUCGGCCGUUGUCAGCAAUGGCUCCAUGUACGUGUUUGGAGGGUUUUCGGGUGUCCUCCUGAACGACGUGUUGGCCUACACCCCCCCGUCCUGCCUGGCCUUCUCUAACCCAGCCGGGUGUGCCGCCGCGGGGCCGGGAAUUCGUUGCCACUGGGCGAAAAGUCGAUGUCUUCCCUGGCAGCCGAAACAACCCGCCCACAGUGUUCCUGCUCCUUUCUGCCCCGCGCGGCCCGACGGCACGGACGAGGAGUGUUUCCGUUUCUCCGACUGCGCGAGCUGCACCGCCAACGUACGAGGCUGCCAGUGGUGCGAGGACAGGAAGUGCAUCUCUGCCUCCAGCAACUGCACCGUGCUGACUCUGGAGCUGGCCCAGCAGCAUGGCGGCGCUCUGUCUCUGUCUCCUCCUCCGUCCAUGUUGUCUGACCAUCAGCUGAACUUGUGGAAACACGGCGCGCGAAGGAAGGGACAUACGGUGAGGGACUCGUCCCGGUGUAAGCGCAGGGAGGAGCAGGAGUGUUUCCGGCUGGCCAACUGCAGGAGCUGCUCCCUGAACAUCAACUGCCAGUGGGAGCUGCAGCAGCAGGAGUGUCAGGCGCUGCCUGGUCAGCUGUGUGGGGACGGCUGGCACCUCGUUGGGGAGGCCUGUCUGAGGAUCAACUCCAGCAGAGAGAGCUACGAUAACGCCCAACACUACUGCAAAAACCUGGGAGGAAAUAUCGCCUCUUUGGUCUCCGAAAAUCAAGUCACUUUUGUUCUGGAGGAGCUUCAAAAAUAUCACCUGCAAGAGAAGGACUUGUCUCCCUGGGUGGGCCUGAGGAAGAUCAACGUGUCCUACUGGGGCUGGGAGGACAUGUCUCCCUUCACCAACAGCAGCCUGCGCUGGCUGCCCGGGGAGCCCAGCGACUCGGGCUUCUGCGCCUACCUGGAGAGGACACCGGCGUCGGGCCUGAAGGCCAACCCCUGCACGGCCGCCGCCGACGGCCUGAUCUGUGAGAAGCCCACCGGUGAGAGCAAGGGAGCAACUGCUGGACGCCCCCAGAGUCACAGCUCCCGUCCCUGCAAGACGCCGUGCGCUCUGCGCAGCAGCUGCGCCAACUGCACCAGCCAGGCCAUGGAGUGCAUGUGGUGCGGCAGCACCCAGCGCUGCGUGGACUCGUCGGCCUACGUCAUCUCCUUCCCCUACGGCCAGUGUCUGGAGUGGCAGACCCAGGACUGCAGUGCCCAGAACUGCUCGGGUCUGAGGACGUGUGCCGAGUGCCUGCAGAGGGUGGAGUGCGGCUGGUGCGGGGAUCCCAGUAACACCGGCAAGGGCGUGUGCAUGGAGGGCUCGUACCGGGGCCCUCUGAAGCCGGCGGCCCCCCGGCCCGGGCCCAGGGACCGGGACCGGCUGCCCAACAGGGACAUGAGCGUGGACCAGGGUCUCUGCUCGUCCGACAGAGGCUACAACUGGGCCUUCAUCCAGUGUCCCGCUUGUCAGUGCAACGGCCACAGCAGGUGUGUGAACAGCAGUGUGUGUGAGCACUGUGGGAACCUGACGGCGGGGACGCACUGUCAGAGCUGCAUGCCUGGUUACUAUGGCGACCCCACCAACGGAGGGAAAUGCAACGCCUGCAAGUGCAACAGCCACGCCAACGUCUGCCACGUCAACACGGGGAAGUGCUUCUGUACCACCAAGGGCGUCAAAGGAGACCAGUGUCAGCUAUGUGACUCAGAAAACCGUUACCUUGGCAACCCUCUCCGAGGAACAUGUUAUUACAACCUCCUGAUCGACUACCAGUUCACCUUCAGCCUGCUGCAGGAGGACGACCGCUACUACACUGCCAUCAACUUCAUGGCCACCCCUGAACAGGCUAACAAGAACCUGGACAUGUCCAUCAACGCCUCCAACAACUUCAACCUCAACAUCACGUGGUCGUUGAGCUCCACAGCCGGCACCAUCUCUGGGGAAGAGAUGCCCAUCAUCGUGAGGACCAACAUCAAGGAGCACAGAGACAGUUUCUCAUGCGAAAAGUACAACUUCCGGCUUCACCACAACAUCACGUUCUACGUGUACGUGUCCAACUUCACAUGGCCCAUCAAGAUACAGAUUGCUUUCUCUCAACACAACAGCAUCAUGGACCUGGUGCAGUUCUUCGUAACCUUCUUCAGCUGCUUCCUGUCGCUGCUACUGGUCGCCGCCGUGGUUUGGAAAGUCAAGCAGACCUGCUGGGCCUCGAGGAGACGAGAGCAGCUCAUGAGAGAACGGCAGCAGAUGGCCAGUCGUCCCUUCGCUUCGGUUGCCGUGGCGCUGGAUGUGGGCGGCGACCAUGAGGAGCUGCUUCAGGCGGUGCCGAAGCCGGUGGCCAUGGAGCCGUGCUGGGGGAGCAGAGCUGGCGUUCUCACGGUGCUGCUGUACCUUCCUAGACUCCCGUCGGGGAUUCCUCCACCUGGACAGUCUGGUAUUGCUAUAGCCAGCGCUCUGGUGGACACGUCACAGCAGCGAGUCCAGGACUUUAAAGAAAGAGGUCUGAAACACCGCAAACACACGGUGCACCAUCAAGGGACCUGCGUAUGAACAAGGUGACUCCAUCUUCUGAUGUUCAGAGACUUCACUGGAGACAUUAAGCGGUGGUCGGAAGGCAAAGCACACUGAGAAGAACUGGAUGAUCUUCUGAGGCUUGGAGGAAGGGCAGACAUGCGAAACUGCCCAUUUUUCACACAAUAAAAAAAAAAAAAGUAAAAACAAAGGUACCUGUGGUCCUUUUAUGCCGCCCCACCCGCCGAAUACUUCCCUGUCACAGUCUGCCACCUUGACGAGGAACGUUUGGCUCUGAGCUCCAGUGAAACGUUGAUACGACCCACCGAGGAUCAGCAGCAACAUCGCAGGAACAACCCGACUAGAUCAACUCUGAGCUGGGCUUUCAGACUGAUUUUUCAAGUCUGAUGUUGUUGAACAACUACAUUUUGUGAUAAGGAUCAUUGGAUGUAACAGCUGUUUGUUUGUUUUUGUUUUUUUAAAUAUAUCCCUUUUAUUUUCUCCCUGCACUGAAGUUGCAGCUUUUGAUAACUGCUCAGGUCACCUGUGAUGGAGAGGCCCCAUCUAUCUGCACUACAAGUGAAAAUGCUUUAAAGUACACUGGACUCUCCACUUAAUUAUAUUAUGCAAAUAUAUUGUUUAUUCUGGGCAGCACUGUAAUCUGGUAUCAAACUACUGAUACCGUUCACUUGACCAUUACUAUGAAGCUGCAGUAUGCAUUUUUCUCUCCUCGUUACAUAUUACAACAUGGACUCUUAUCGUGGUACAUGCAAGAUUUACAAGUGCACCAUUUCUUUUUCAACAAACUAAACUGAUUUUGUUUGUCUGUACAGUGUGUCUUCACCUUUUUUCUGUUCACUCAUCAUAAACCUCCAUUUAAUGUUGUAAAGUCACUUAUCAAGUGUACAUGUAUCGUCUUUAUGUCAUUUUGCACCAGUUGCUGAGACUUUAACAGAGGGCAGCUCAAAACAUUGUUUCCUGUUGAGUGUAAAAUAUGUACAAAUAAACAUUUUGAUGCUUC